AUGCCUUUACAUGAUUUAUUUAAUAAUUCCAUUAAGGAACAAUCCCUGAUUUCCUCAUCCUCAUCUUCAUCGCCGCCACCACCACCAGAAAGGGAUGGUUUGAGUAGCGCAGAAUCCGCAUCAUGUCAAAGAAACAAAUUAAUGAUAGAUAAUCCUUCCAAUAUCAUUCUUUCGAACUUGAAGUGUCCUCCCUCACCCCCACCAAUCUUGAAUAAGCCAAAUACCUCAAUUGAACGGGUUUUGAAGAUUCAGAAUAACGAGAAUAGUUUGCUGGAUCAGACAGCGACUAGUGCAAGUAGCAGCGGUACCAGCGCUGCUCCAAGAAGACUCACCAUUCCUGCCGGUGGUGCAUUAUUGAGAGGCAAAAGCGAAGAAGGCAAUAGUGGAUCGGACAGCAAUGAUAGGAUUACAACCCUCAAUGCCCCAAUGGCUGCUAAAGGAGUAAGCCAACUGGAUAACAGGGGUAGCAGCGCUAGCAUGAAUAGUAAUACCUCACAGCAAAAAGUUCUUGGACAUAAAAAAUCUGAUUCAGUACAUGCUCAUUUUUAUGUCGAUGAUACGAUAAAACACGGACCUCAGAGAUCAAGAAGCACUUCCAUCAACACCGAAAACAGAAAAGAGCUCGAAUCAACCAGGUCAGGGGCUGUUAGCGGCAAUACAAGUGCAAGUGCUGCCGACUCUAACUCUUCUGACUCUAAUAAGCCGCCAGCAAUGAACGUUGAUCCAAGAUUGGCCCAGGAUGAUGGUAAGUUCCAUAUCUUGUUGGGUUCGACUGGUUCGAUCGCCGCAAAUAAAAUACGGUUAUUGAUCAACAAAUUGGAGGAAAGUUACGGCAGAGACCAGAUAGCCAUUCAAUUGAUUGUCACCCCGGCCGCUGAACAUUUCAUAUCUAGAGAAGAUAUCCCGCCUCACAUAACGAUUUGGAGAGAUAAAGAUGAAUGGGCGCUUUGGAAGGCGCGUUCAGAUCCUGUAUUGCAUAUUGAACUUCGAAGAUGGGCUGAUGUGUUGAUUGUGGCUCCUUUAACCGCUAACACUUUGUCCAAAAUUUCUUUGGGCUUAUGUGAUAAUUUAUUGACUAAUGUCAUUAGGGCGUGGAAUAUCCAAUAUCCAGUUAUCUUGGCCCCUUCAAUGGUAAAUUACAGCUAUAGCUCUGCCAUCACUAAACGUAACUUGAGUUUCAUUAAGGAGCACAUGAAGUGGAUAGAAAUUUUGAAGCCCACGGAAAAGGUGUUUGGUAGCUAUGGGGAAAUUGGUAUGGGAGGAAUGUCUACAGAGAAUGAAAUCUUGGCCAGAGUUAAGGUAAUAAUGAAGGAAAGAUAUGGACUAGAUAAUGAAGAUGAAGAUAAUGUAGAUGACGAUAAUGAUGAUGAUGAUAAUGAUGAUGAUGAUGACAAUGAUGAUGAGGGAGAUGAUGGCGACAAUAAACAAAUGGGGGGUGAGGAAGAAGAUGAAGAUGAAGAUGAAGAUGAAGAUGAAGAUGAAGAUGACGAUGAGGAUGAUGACGAAACUAACACAAACCCUAAACCAACUUUGCCUAAGAAGACCGGGAAAGUUUGUAUUGCCGAUGAGGACAAAUGUUAA